AUGUCUGACUCUUGCUGCACCCGUUUCCUCUCUAGUCCCAUGUCUUCUGUCAAGAUCCUCUUACCUUCAGUCGCCAUUCAGGCAUUGUUGCACAACAAACUCUGGCCAACCCAGUCAUUGCGACAGAUCACUCUCUACCUCGCAUUGUUAAAUACCUAUUGGUUUGCCACCACAUUCAACUUCAGCUUCCUAGAGACCCCAUUCUUGGUAUGUCUUCCAACUGUGAACAAGAAACAGAGAACAGACUGUGGAAGACACCGAUUCAAUUGGUUGAACAAGAUGGAGAUCUUUGUCAGUGUUCUUGGAUUGGAUCUUUUCUGUGAAUGGCGCAAGCGUAUCUUGGACCACAAUGGUUUCGUAGACGUCUUCUUGUCUUCUGCAGUAUUGUUGCCUGUAUUGGCAACAGCAGUCCAGGGUGCCUACCUUUUGCCAAAGAUUAACGAGCGUGCUCGCCUUAUCGAGGCCGUACCAACCACCGAUGAUCUCUAUGAGAAGGACCGCAUUUUCCCCAACGCCCACCGUGCAUACAUUGGAUUUGAGGGACUCAAGGUUAUUGGUCUUGCAGUGGCUGGAAUUCGCUUUGGAAAGAUGCUCACUAUCUAA